GCCCCACUCCCGUGUCGACCGCCACCAGGUGCGCUACCUCCGCCGGCGCUCCGACAACGAGACUUAACGUGUCGGGUCAGUGCGUCCUUGUCUGUGUCCGCACCUCAGUGUUCCUGUGUUCGUCGUCUGCACAGCUCACGGAUAUGCGUCUCGCAGUGUUGGUGGCCGCCGUGCUGGCGGCCGUGCCCUGCGCCCACGCCGCCAGUAUCUUCUUCCCGGAGAUGCCCCCGACGGACCGAUGUGAGACCCGUGACGGCCGGCCGGGCCUGUGCGUGUCGGCGACGGCGCGCCGGUGUGCCGCCUUCCCCACCCUCAGCUCGCUGCUGACACUGCGGCCGCGCGUCUGCCGCUUCGACGCCAUCGACCCCAUCGUCUGCUGCGCGCUCAGCGACGUCCUGCCUGACACACUGGGGCAGCUGAGCAGCACGGAGGUGCCGACCCCGCCGCCGACUCAGCCGACACAGCCUCCGACUCCGCCGACACAGCCGCCGACCCUGCCGUCAACGGAACCGGCCCCCACGAAGGGAUCAACUGACGCCCCCACCGCUGCACAUACUGCCGAUUCCAGCAGCUGCGGCAUCACCGACCCGGAGCGUCUCUUCCUGCUGGGCAGCGGCGAGUACCAGCGCGAGCUGCCGGUGGCCGAGCCGCCGCGCGGCGUGGUCCAGGUGGGCACCGCUCCGUGGACGGCGCUGGUCGGCCUGCGCACCGCCGAGGGACCGCUGGCUUGGCUGUGCGGCGGCGCGCUCGUCUCUGAGAAGGUGGUCCUGACAGCGGCGCACUGCGCGGAAGCCGGCAGCGCGCAUGGCUCACUGGCGGUGCGGCUCGGCGAGCACGACCUAGCCACCGACACGGACGGCGCCACACAGGAGUUUGCCGUGCAGAGUGUGAGGAUCCACCCGGGCUUCCAGCAGCCGGCUCAGCGUGAUGACCUGGCUCUGCUGCUGCUGGACCGUCCGGCGACCGUAACCCGCCGUGUGCGGCCCGUCUGCCUGCCGCGCCAGGGCGAGCCGCUGCCAGCCGACACCCUGCUGGUGGCCGCUGCGUUUGACCUCUCCGGCGAGCUGGGCGGCGCGCAGCCCACGGCGACGGCCAGCGGCGGGCGGCUGGCCAGACACAGCGCCUCGGUGGCGCCGCUGCAGGUCUGCAGCCAGCAGUUCGAGGGCCUGCCGCACCUCGGCUUCAUCUUCCCCCAGGGUCUGAUGGAGAGCUCUGAGGUGUGCGUGGUGCGCUCACAGGACGCGCCGUGCUCGCACGACUCGGGCGGUCCGCUGGUGACCGCCGGGCCGGGCCCCAGCCGGCUGGUCGGUCUGCGCCUUCUCUCCGGCUGCCAGCAGCAGCAGCCCGAGGUGGCGCUCCGACUCGACAACUACGUGGACUUCAUCGAAACCACCACCGCUGAGAUGCUUGAGGAGGCGAAGCAGACGAGCGUUUAAGGCGGUCGCGUCUCCGCCUUAUAGUGCGAUAACUCAUGUAGCAUCUAUUGACCUGAAGUGUUUUAACAUUUGUAGUAUGUGGCGCAGUUAAUGCAAUUCCCUACAUUGGUAUUGCAUUUCCAACAAGUGUUCCGUGCUGAGAUUUCAAUGGGCAUUCUCGUGCAUAUAUAUGAUCCGUAAA